CUCGCAGAAAUUUCUAAAAAUGGACAAUAGCGGCGAUGGCCCUCUUCAGGUUCCCGGAUUUAAUGAUAUCCCUCUAUACUAUGAGCUACCCAGGGGCUCUCGCUUCGCAUAUGGAAUUGCAGACUGGAGACAGCGUCUACAACUGACCCUGCGGGAGGUUUGUAUGCUACAGUUCAUAUCAUACGUCACGGAGCAGCCAGACUGGGAAAAUAAAUGCGACGACCCCGAUACCCUCGAGACAUGGCGGGUUAAAGCCAAUACUGUUUUCGACCUGGAUCAACCAUGCUGGGAAUGGUGUCACGUGGCAGUCUUUGAUGCGGACUCUCGAGUUAUUAAGGCGGAAGUUGAUGCGCCCGUGGAGGCUGGUCUUCAAGGCCCCAUCCGGCAUGUAGUUGAUCCAUCUAUGUAUCCUCUUGUGUAUGGACGGACUAAGGUGCUCAUCGAUGGAGGCAAAGUGGACCUCGGCGGCUUGGGCUUAUAUGAUGAGUCUCGAUGCAAGACUGCUCCGAUUCCCGACAAGCUGCCCGAACAAGUCUAUGAACUACAUCCCAACGAAAGAAACUCAAAUGAUGGUCGAAGGAUGGGGAAGCCUAAAUACUGGUCAAACAACUUUCAGUGGCUUCCGUGCGAAGUGAAGCUUACGGGUCGAGACAAGACCGAGAUUACCUCCUACAUCAACGGCCUGAAUCCUAAAGAAAAAGGGACUUACCAAGCACUUGAGAGACUCAUCUCGACCACCAUACAGCCGUGGAAUGAGAUGCUUAUUCUCGGAAAGCAAGGCCGAACACCGAUCCGCAUUCGAACCUAUGACUUCGAGCGUGAAAGCACUGAGCUACCACGGGCUUAUCACCUUCUUAACGCCACAAGAUCAUUUGAUAUGAACUUUGCUGAGGAGACAUGGGCAGAAAUCCGCUUACAAACCAGAGAACACCUCAGUCUGCCCGAGCAUGAAAAGCGGUACCAAAUUUUCCCAACAAAAUCUAAAGUCAAAGAUCUUCUUGCCAGUAUGGAGCCGUGGCACUGGAGUUCGCGCACCACUCUCCAAGACUUGAUGUGUGAGAAGAGUAAACGAUUGUCUAUUUUCAAAGGUAUUGAACCUGGUAUUUCAUUCACGUAUGAUGAGUGGAGAACAGGGGAAAAUACUGGGCGGGCAAUUCGACCCAAAGUCAAUGAUAGCAAGCGCUCCGGAGACCCGCCUCUUCCUGACCCCGAUCAUCAGUACUAUUCUGUAUCUCUUCAAGAUCAAUUUCAGGGGCUUCAGGUCAUUAUUCGGGCUUCUAGUAUUGAGCUUACCCCGGAGCAGCCCCUUUAUGCUGGAGAUCCCGCCUUCGGUGUCCCCGGCAUCCUCAAUGAGCACAUUGUCGCGACAACCAUGUGCUAUAUUGAUGUAGACAAUGUCAAAGAUGCUAAGCUUUCAUUUGAGCACGAAACAAGACUUGAUAUACUUGGCUUCAAUCCUGAUAACUGUUUUGUUAUGGAUCGAGUUUUUGGUAUCCCUGAACAGCCCAUCGCUCUUGACGAGGACAACAGGCCACCACCGGCCCUGCAAAUACUGGGAUCUAUUCCCAUCUCACGGGCCGGGGCACUUCUCGCUUGGCCUUCUACUCUGCGGUCUAAAGCCGAAUCUUUUACUCUGCACGAUCCCGCAAAGCCCGGUCGUCUUAGGUUUGUGACCCUCUGGCUGGUGGAUCCUCACUACCGAAUCUGCUCCACCCAGAAUGUUCCACCGCAGAACCCCACCUGGAUACAGAAGGGACCGAACAAGGGAUUCGAGGAGACGCGGGGUACUGGGCUCAUGAUGCUGGAAGAGGCGAUCCAAUUUCGGAAGCGAAUGAAGGAGGAAAGAGCCAUUAUUGCCCAGGAAUUUCAUCGUGAUGGCCAUGGCUGGCAUACUUUGUUUGAUGACUUCUGUUAUCUGAUUUAUCCUGAUUAAUCAGGCUCAAGUUGUUUUGCGCCUUUUCCUCUUCUCCCCUCUCCUCCCAGAUCGCGUGUUGCGGGCAAUGCCAGACAGCAUUGCAAGGCCACGUUAUAUCAAAGUGUCUUAACGAGCAUAGAUUACCAAUCCACUUCCAUGGUCUGAAGCAGUUUGACAUGAUAGCAGAGGGAUGAGACCAAC